UUGCUGGCCAGUGUCCAAUUCUUCCGCUAUCAUCCAGAAGCGACAAGCUCUAAACAAGUCGAUUAAACUGCCCGGCAAUAUCAUUUCGGGGCUGACCUUUGAGCCGGUACAACGUCUGGACGGAUCCGCUCUAUAUAACGUUAAUGAAUCAGCCCCACCACAGUCGAUAGGGGGAGCAUCAAAUAGCCGGCAAGGAGAGCAGUGCGGAUAGCUGGCAGUGGUAGUUGGACUCCAAUUGUCGGAUAAGGAAUCGAUAAGCAAUCAGUUGAUACCGGCAGUGGCAAUCGCACCAAAAAAACCUACAGCAACAAGCCUAUUUAAUUGCCAUUGGCGAUUUCAGUUGCAUUUCAUCGACGCCAUGAACUUUCUGCUGCGCUUCAUAAUCUUCUGCAUGGAUCCCCUGGGCCUGGCCAGGAGAUUCUUCAUCCGGCCGGGCCUCAAUCUGGCCUGGAACGUGUACGACCGAGUGCGUAGCAAGGCGGACGAAAAGGUGGGCACUGUAAGGGAGCUGGUGCUCCGGCUGGGACUCAUCGCCUUUGCAGUGGUGCUCAUCAUCUGGCUGGCGGUGUUUAUGUAUGCCGCCUUCUACUAUGUCUACAUGCCGGCUAUUUCCCACACCCGUCCAGUUCACAUGCAGUUCAAAACUUGUUUGGAGACCAGUACACCCUGUACCUUUCCCCAUGCCCAUGUUUCGCUGACCAAGAAGCAACAGCUGCUGAUGGUGGGUCAGGCCUACAAGGUUAUCGUCAACAUUGAUAUGCCAGAAUCGCCCCAGAACCUGGAGUUGGGCAUGUUCAUGGUCUGUGCCGAGAUGCGUGACUAUGACUCCAUGCUGCGUGGUCACUCCUGCCGCUCGGCCAUGAUGCGCUACCGCUCCCCCCUUAUCAGGAUGAUCUCUACGUGGGCCCUGAGUCCACUGUAUGUGCUUGGAUGGAAGGAGGAAUUCCAGCAGGUGCCGGUGGAGAUAUUUUCGAGAUAUCUGGAGGAGCGCCAGCACCCGAUUACGGAUGUCUAUGUGGAGAUCCAGUCACAGAAGAUCCAGUUCUAUACGGUGACCCUGCAUAUAGUGGCCGAUUUUACCGGUUUGCGAUACAUUAUGUUCAACUGGCCCGUCCUGUCGGCCAUAGUGGCCAUUAGCACCAAUCUGUUCUUUAUACUGGUCAUCUUUCUGCUCAGCUGGUACCACUGGUCCGACGCCAGCUGGCUGCACAGCCUGCAAAUCAAGUACAACCGGCUCACGGACACGCUGCACUCCUCCGCCACCGCUGCCGCCGGCAGCGUGAUCCUCACCGGCCGUCGCAGGAAGAUCAAGAGCAGCAGCAGUAGCAGCAGCCUGCACGACGACCUGGACGAUCUGGGCGUGGUGUCUGCCUAUGCCUCGGACGCUGACAAGUCCGAUAUCGUUGACGUGAGCGGUGGUCAUGUCGAUCCUCUGGCCGAUUCCGAUGCCGAUGAUCUGCUGGUGGCCAAGUCCGAUACCGAAAAGUCCAAGGAUCAGGACUCACUGCGGCGUCGUCACCCGAAAAAGAAGACCACCGCAGAUCAUUGACAAGUAGAAUCUAGCUAAGAUGAUCCGGAUCAGGAUCAUAUAUUACCACCGAAGACAGCCGAUUCAGUCCACCGCCCAUGUGACGCUUGAGCCAAAGACUAAAUAGGUUAUAUUCCAGAUACAGAUAUUCGUAGGAGGCGUAGGUUAGUUAUUCCGGCUGCCAUCUGAAGUAUUUCGGUUAUAUAUAUCCACGUAUAUAGCCAUAGUCCCAUACUAUACAGGAGAAGGAGCUUUAAAAAAAGGAGAUAUAAGCAGGGCUUUCUUGAGAGCAGGGCUUUCUUCUAUAAGAAAUUUACGCUUUUUAAGGCAUUAUGACAUUAUUUUUAUAUUUUAAAUAUAAAUACUGAACACAUAAAUUUUAUAAAGUUUGAAAAUGAAGUUGAAAGUCUUAUAAUCACCAGUUUGUAGGAUAAGAUAACCCCCACACACUAAUGGAACCUUUGGGAAUAUUUAAAAGUAAUCAG